GCGCCGGUCUUUCCAUCGCUCCACCCUGAUGCUGUUUUAUUGUUUUCAUUGUCACUGGUCGGGUCAUGGCCGCUCAUUCUGCCGACGAAUCGUUCCCUUUACAUGGGCUGCUUCCUAAAAAAGAGACCGGCGCUGCUUCUUUUCUGACCAGGUUUCCCGAGUACGAUGGACGGGGUGUCCUUAUUGCAAUACUCGACACCGGCGUGGACCCGGGGGCCCCGGGCAUGCAGAUCACAACAGAGGGGAAGCCAAAGAUCGUGGACAUCAUCGAUACGACCGGCAGCGGAGACGUCAAUAUGUCCACGUUGUUGGAGCCAAAGGACGGGAUAGUGACUGGUUUAUCCGGCCGUACGCUCAAGAUCCCGCCUGCCUGGGUAAACCCUUCUGGGAAAUAUCACAUUGGAGUUAAGAAUGGUUAUGAGUUUUUUCCUAAAGCUCUCAAAGAAAGAAUACAGAAGGAGCGUAAGGAGAAGAUGUGGGACCCUGCUCACAGAGCAGCUCUGGCCGAGGCCAGCCGUCGAGCAGAGGAGUUUGACCUGGCUCACCCUAGUCCCUCCCAGGUAGAGAAGCUGCAGAAGGAGGAGCUACAGGGCCACAUGGAGCUGCUGGCCACUAUGGAGAAGAAAUACAGCGACCCGGGGCCCGUGUAUGACUGCGUGGCCUGGAACGACGGCGUCACCUGGAGGGCAGUGGUGGACACAUCAGAGAGUGGAGACCUGGCGUCUUGCACUGUGCUGAGCUCCUACAGGGAGCGGCAGGAGUAUGCCACGCUGGGAGAUGCCGAGAUGCUCAAUUACUCCAUCAGCAUCUACGACGACGGCAACACGCUCUGCAUCGUCACUAGUGGGGGUGCCCACGGGACUCACGUCGCCAGCAUCGCAGCGGGUCACUUCCCCGAGGAGCCAGAGAGGAACGGCGUGGCCCCAGGUGCUCAGAUUCUGGCUCUGAAGAUAGGCGACACCCGUCUGAGCACCAUGGAGACUGGCACAGGCCUCAUCCGAGCGAUGAUUGAAGUCAUAAACUACAAAUGCGACCUUGUGAACUACAGCUACGGGGAGGCAACCCACUGGCCAAACUCAGGGAGGAUCUGCGAGGUGAUCAAUGAGGCUGUGCAGAAGCACAACGUCCUCUUCGUGUCGAGUGCUGGGAACAACGGGCCUUGCCUUUCCACUGUGGGAUGUCCUGGAGGAACCACCAGCAGCGUCAUAGGCGUCGGCGCGUACGUCACCCCCGACAUGAUGGUGGCCGAAUACUCUCUGCGGGAGAAGCUGCCGCCUAACCAGUACACGUGGUCGUCGAGGGGCCCCAGCACGGACGGGGCCCUGGGUGUGACGGUGAGCGCACCGGGCGGUGCCAUUGCCUCUGUGCCCAACUGGACCCUGCGGGGCACGCAGUUAAUGAACGGAACGUCCAUGUCCUCACCCAAUGCCUGCGGCGGCCUGGCGCUCAUACUCUCAGGUCUGAAGCAAAACGGGGCACGGCCCACGGUUGCAGCGGUGAGGCGUGCUUUGGAAAACACAGCCCUGAAAGUGGACGACGUUGAAGUGUUUGCGCAGGGUCACGGCAUUAUUCAGGUGGACAAGGCUUUUGACUACCUCAUGCAGCAUACCUCUUCAUGCACUGGUAACUUGGGCUACACGGUUACCGUGGGGUCUAAUCGAGGCAUCUACCUCAGGGACCCCAUCCAGGUGUUUGCUCCCUCCGAUCACGGAGUGGGCAUUGAGCCUGUCUUUCCUGAAAACACUGAGAACUCGGCACGGAUCUCGCUGCAGCUGCACCUGGCGCUCACCUGCAGUGCCCCAUGGGUGCAGUGCCCCUCCCACCUGGAGCUCAUGAACCAGUGUCGCCACUUCAACGUGCGCAUCGACCCCCAGGGCCUGCGGGAGGGUCUGCAUUACACCGAGGUGUGUGCAUAUGACACUACAACACCCAGCGCUGGUCCGCUUUUCCGAGUGCCCAUAACUGUUACAAUCCCCACCAAAGUUGCGGAGAGCCAGAAUCAUGAGAUCUCCUUCGCCGAUGUUCACUUUCGACCUGGACAAAUACGCCGGCACUUUAUCACCGUCCCUCAAGGAGCAUCCUGGGCUGAGAUCUCGUUGACGUCUCGCUCAUGUGAUGUCUCCUCCAAGUUCGUCCUCCAUGCUGUGCACCUAGUGAAGCAGAGAGCAUAUCGAGCUAAUGAGUUCUACAAGUUCUCCUCUCUGCUGGAGAAGGGCUCAUUCACGGAGGCCUUCCCCGUGCUGCCUGGUCGGACAGUAGAGGUGUGUGUUGCGCGUUGGUGGGCUAGUCUUGGAGAUGUCAUCAUCGACUACACCCUUUCCUUCCAUGGGCUCCAAACUUGCCCCUCUCCUCUUCAUAUUCAUGCGUCUGAGGGAGUGUCUAAUUUUGAAGUGUCAUCUCCUCUCAGAUAUGAGGAAGUGUCUCCAACCAUGACCCUGAAGAACUGGGUACAGCCCCUCAGGCCGUUUAGCUCGAAAACGAAAGCGCUCGGCCCCAGAGACGUCCUGCCCAACAGCCGACAGCUUUAUGAAAUCGUCCUUACUUACAGUUUUCAUCAGCCUAAAAGCGGCGAGGUGACCCCCAGCUGUCCGCUGCUCUGCGAACUGCUCUACGAGUCGGAGUUUGACAGUCAGCUCUGGCUCCUCUUUGACCAGAACAAGAGACUGAUGGGCUCUGGAGACGCGUACCCUCACCAGUACUCACUGAAGCUGGAGAAGGGCGACUACACCGUGCGGCUGCAGGUGCGUCACGAGCAGCAGGCCGAGCUGGAGCGGCUGAAGGACCUUCCGUUCGUCGUGUCGCACCGCCUCUCCGCCGCGCUCAGCUUGGACAUCUACGAGACGCACCGCGCUGCCAUGCUGGCCAAGAAGAAGACCAACUCGCUCACGCUUCCGCCUGGCACCUCUCAGCCCUUCUACGUCACCUCCCUGCCCGAUGACAAGAUCCCUAAAGGUGCAGCUCCUGGGUGCUACAUGACGGGCUCCAUGGUUGUGCCCAAGAGCGAGUACGGGAAAAAAGCUGGCCAAGCCUCUGCCAAACGACAAGGGAAAUUUAAAAAGGAUGUUGUGCCAGUCUUCUACCAUCUCAUCUCUGCUCCCAACAAAACAAAGAACGGAGGAAAAGAGAAGGAGAAGGAUGGAGAGAAGGAGAAGGAUGUGAAGGAGGAGUUCACAGAAGCCCUCAGAGACCUGAAGAUCCAGUGGAUGACGAAACUGGAUAAUAGUUCUUUAUAUGAUGAGCUGAAGGAGAACUACUCAAAUUAUCUGCCUCUCCAUGUCCAGCGAUUGCAUCAACUUGAUUCAGAGAAGGAACGGUUGAAGCGACUGGGAGACAUCGUGGCAGCAGCAGACAUAGUCAUUUCUCACAUCGACCAGACUGCUCUGGCUGUGUACUUCACCAUGAAGGCAGACCCUCGCCCAGAUGCGGCCUCCAUAAAGAGCGAUAUGGAGAAACAGAAGUCGUCGCUGCUGGACGCCCUGUGCAGGAAGGGCUGUGCUCUGGCUGACCAGCUCAUGCAGCCUCCAGACCAGGAGGGGGCGAGAGCAAGUGAGGUGGGCAGCUCUGAUGAAGACCCCCAAGGCGUGGUUAAAACACUGACCGACACUUUCUGGGAGGUACAGAAGUGGGCCGAACUCAGCGACUCUAAGGUGUUGAUGUUUUCCUACAAACAUGCCUUUGCAAAUAAAAUGUACGGAAGAGCCUUGAAGUUUGCAUUUAAGAUCGUAGAAGACAAGCCCAGUAAAGAAAACUGGAAGAACUGCAUUCAGCUGAUGAAGUCUCUUGGCUGGAUGCACUGCUCCUCCUACACUGAGAACUGGCUCCCCAUCCUGUACCCCACCGAAUACACAGCCUUCUAAAGUGCACAGGCAUCUGGAUCCCCUGCCGGCCCGAUUUCCACACAACACCCACGCGUUCGGACCGGCGGUGGCCAGGGGGGGGGG